UUCUGUCACAGCAGAUAAUCUGCGUAUACGAAACGCAGUCGUAUCUCCUCUCUCACAGCCUCCAGUCGCCUUGCCUCUUAGCCACACUAAAAAACAAUUCUGCAUAUCUGGAAAAAAAGAAGCAAAAUGGAGAGUAAUAUUAAUAGCACCACGUGCUCCGGCGAUCGGCCGACGGUGAUGGUGACCAACGACGACGGAAUUGACGCCCCCGGCUUGCGUGCUCUCGUCCGCGUCCUCGUCUCUUCCAAUCGCUUCAAAGUCCUCGUCUGUGCUCCCGACUCUGAAAAAUCUGCUUUUAGUCAUAGUGUCACUUGGCGAAAUUCUGUUUCUGCUAAGCCAGUGGAAAUCGGUGGAGCAACUGCUUUUGCAGUUACCGGAACUCCUGCUGACUGUACAUCUUUGGGAAUUUCCAAAGCUCUUUUCCCUUUAGUACCUGAUCUGGUAAUCAGUGGCAUUAAUAUGGGCAGCAACUGUGGUUAUCACAUUGUUUAUUCAGGAACAGUUGCUGGUGCUCGGGAAGCAUUUUUUAAUGGUUUACCUUCUGUCUCUUUAUCAUAUGACUGGGCAGGAGGUAGGAGUAAUGUUGAUGAUUUUGCACUGGCUGCAGAGGCUUGCAUACCCAUUAUUAUUGCCAUUUUGUCUGAAAUUAAGAGAAAAACUUAUCCUCAAAACUGUUUUCUGAAUAUAGAUGUGCCAACAGAUGUCCGCAAUCACAAGGGUUAUCGACUGACGACGCAGGGCAAGAGUAUCGUAAAAAUGGCAUGGAGGCAAGUUGGAUCAGAUGUCCAAGGAGCAAAAAUGUUAUCAACUAUGACUAUGGAAUCAAAUUCAUCUUCACAUAAUGAAUCAGAUGCUCUGAGCACACCAAAUAACCAGCUUCUAUUCAGCAGAGAAGUCAUAGCAUUACAAGUGGAAGAUGGCGAUACAGACUACUGUUCACUUCAAGAAGGAUAUAUAACUGUCACUCCUCUAGGCGCCUUGUCGAAUGCAGAGGUUGAUAGCCAAGCAUACUUCAAAGAAUGGCUGCCGGGCGUGGUUGAACGCCUCUCUUCUGCUGCCUUGUAAAGAUGAUCUGGAGAUUGAGACUGGUCCGGAUGGCAUUUUUAUCCCAAUGCGGCGAAGGUCACGAUGAAGAAUUUGCCAUACUUCCGUGAGGUAUCAUUAUUCCCAAAUAAUAUUUGUGUUGUCAUGCUGAGGUAUUAUUUGUUCUACAAACUGUGCUCUUCUAAUCGUUCAUGAACUCAUUGUUUCCAUUUGGGCAGCAGAGCCCAUUUGAUGUUCGGGGUAAAACAUUUCUCUAAAUAAAUUUGUAUUGAUAGAUGAUACUAUCAAAUAUCCUCGUGAUUUAUGCUAUUUAUCAUUAAACUUUGCAUCAAA